CUGCUUCGUUUCCACGCGCACGAAACCCUCGAUAAGAAACCCCCUGAUUCCCCUCGCCACAAUCACUCCUCGCCGCCUCCAAAGCCACCCCGAGAUCGGCCCGGUUCCGCCGCCCGGACCCCGGGGGUCCCCUUCCCCUCCUCGAUCCGUUCGGGCGGCCGGCCGGCAGCAUGGUGUUCUACUUCAAGGCGCGGCCUGAGGCCGGCGACUACACCAUCUUCAUGGGGCUGGACAAGCACGAGAACGAGGACCUCAUCAAGUACGGCUUCCCCGAGGACAUCUGGUUCCAUGUAGACAAGAUGUCCUCUGCACAUGUAUAUGUGAGAUUGAAUAAAGGUCAGACAAUGGAAGACAUAAGUGAAGGUCUGCUGGAAGACUGUGCGCAGCUUGUUAAAGCUAAUUCCAUUCAAGGUAAUAAAGUCAAUAACAUUGAUGUAGUUUAUACUCCAUGGUACAAUUUGAAGAAGACCCCUUCAAUGGAUGUGGGUCAAGUUGGUUUUCACAACCCUAAAUUGGUUCGGACUGUUAAAGUAGAAAAGCGGAUCAAUGAGAUUGUGAAUCGCUUGAAUAAGACAAAGGUGGAGCGGAGGCCUGACUUGAAGGCUGAAAGAGAGGCUGUGAGUGCUGCAGAAAAGGCAGAAAGAAAGGUGCAGCUUAGAGACAAAAAACGUAGGGAAGAGAUGGAGAGGCUUGAGAAGGAGAAGCAGGCUGAAAUCAGGAGCUACAAGGGCCUGAUGGUCCAAGAGAAGAUGACUUCCAACAAGCAAAUCGCGUCUGGCAGCAAGACCUUGCAAGAACUCGAAGAAGACUUCAUGUGAGAGGAGGACGUGACAAUUUCAUGCUCAAGAGCUCUGUGAACUGCUUCUGUCAAAGACAGGAAAGGUGUCGCUGGCUUGCGAGAUACUGGAUCUGAUAACUCAUGGGCGGGCCAUGACCUGAUAUGAUUGUUGCACUUAUGGUCUUUGCAGACCUGUUUGGUGGUGUAACAACAAUGCGUGCUGUAAGUGCGGUUGACAUAUUAUUGAUCAGUUAAUCAUCAAUCGAAAUCGGUAUUGCAACUCA